GACAAGGUCUGCAGAGAGCGGCUGAAGGACAUGUACUCCGAGGCGCACAUCCAGUGCGUCAUCUCCUACCACCAUGAGGUGCUUGGCCAGAAGGUGACAAAGAAACAGGCCAGGGAGAUGAUCAUGUUGUCCGACACUGAUAUCACCAGAGAGCAGUACAUGCAGUUUCCUGCUGAUUGGUGCAAAUCACACACCGACUGUUGGGCUCAGAUUGUGGACUCGUGGCAGAGGCCGGAGGCAUACGUGGAGCGCAGAAGAAGACGGGAGAACCGCCUGGCUGCGACGAGAGGGGCGUCACACCACCAGGGGAGCGUGCCCCUCCCAGGGUACAUGGACACAUAUCGCAAGACCCACGGCAACGUGCCCAUCAGCGAGUAUGUUGGGUACGCCCUGGCUAACAAGGGGCGAGCGUCGGAUCCGAACAACGUCUACAACCCACAGGACGGGCCCGAUGCAUACACCAACACUGCCGCCUACGAGAAGAUGUCUGCCACGGCCGGUACAUGA